AUGAUCCGUCAUGGUGGGGAGAGCAGAGCCUAUUAUUUAUGUGACAACCUGUCUGCGAUACUGAGUUCAAAAGAGGGUUCUAUAUCUAACCUCCCAUUCAUCAACCUUACAGCGAGUUCUGAAAAUGGUGUCAUCUUGUUAGGUUCUAAAGGUGGCCUACCGAGCAACCUGAGAUUCAGUGGCAUGAAUCUGACUUGCAGAAGAUGGGCAAAUUAUCCAGAUGGGUUGGUAGACUACAGACCUGGAUGCCAGGAUGUUGUUAAUCACGGUGCAGCCGGGAUCAUCAUGGAAUAUAUUGAGGGCUUCGAGGUUGAGAAUAAUUCUCUGAUUGAUAUGCACUCAAAAUGUGGAAACCUUAACUUCUCAAGAAAGAUCUUUAAUAACAUGCCUGAGAGAACUGUUAUUUCAUGGAAUGCAAUGCUGAAAGAUCAGGUGCUCGAACUUUUCAAAUUGAUGGAAGAAGAAAGUAAAGUCAAACCUGACAGUGUCACUUUUCUGGCUGUUCUAUAUGGCUACUGCCAUGGAGGAUUGGAAGAUAAAGGGCUGGAAAUCUUUGAUGAGAUGGUGGAGGGGAGCGAUGAGGUCGAAGCAGAGAUUGAGCAUUAUGGGUGUGUAGUUGACUUGCUUGGGCAAAUAGAGCCUGAAAAUGCUGGGAACUGUGCCAUUCCUUCAAAUUUAUAUGCUUCUGCAAGGAGGAUGGAAGAUGUGAGAAAUGUGAGGGAGUUGAUGAUGGAGAAGGCAAGCGGUGAUAGAGGAGACUGGAAGAUGCUGGAUUGA